CGAUGGGCUGCGGGGUGAGCAAAGUGCACGCCGCCGCCGAUCCUUCGUCGCAGCCCAAGCGAGGUUUCGCCGCCCAGGUACGCAGGGCACAUGACGCGUCCAAGCGCUCCACUCCAACGGCAGUCGCUGAGCGACUGGUAGACGCCCAGGUACAGGUGGAGAACACGUACGAACAGCGCGACCGUGUGACCCAGACCGACAUCCAGUUCAGCAUGACCCGCGGCAACUUCGACGAAGACUUCGACUUCGACGAGGACGGCCUGUCGUCGUUCGGCGACGACUACCCCGACGAAGGCGUCGUCGAGAACGGGGCUUCACCUGGAGGCUCGCACGAGGGCAUACGUUUCGCCGACCCGAGGUUGGUGGCUCCGACGGAAGGGGGCGGCGUGCCGAACCAUGGCAGCACUCCGGCGUCCAAGCAGCAGAUGCUCAUGAUGGACGCCGAGCAGAGGAUACUGAUGCUCAGCAAGCGUAUCCACCUGGACAUCGACAUGACGCCCAGAAGCGUGGCCACUAGCGACGUCGGAGUGCAGGCGGGAAGCUGCCGCAACAACAGGUGGACUCAGACGGAGCGUCGUUCAGCGGCGACGGCGGUGGCGCGUGGUGGCGCCCUGCAGCAUCAGCCGAUGGGGCUACCUCCCGAUGCGAGCGGGGCUGCGCGACCCUCGCGCACCACGGACAUCGAGUCGCAGACCGAUCCAGUGAGCAGGGCGCCCGCAGCUAACGCUGCCGGUGGAGGACAGCACGAGUUGCUGUCCGACGAGGAGCUGUCGUCGCCGCUGACGCACAUCGAGAAGAUGAUCGGGGCCGCGGAGAGCGGAGGCCUGAGCGACGGCAUCGCUCAGAUCCUCGAGGACAUGGACGCCGAGCCCCGGCCCAGGACGCGGCCGCGCACCCGCAGGACGGCAACGGGCGUCACGGUUCGGGCCGUGAGCAGGCGGGACACCGGAGUGCAGACCGUCAACGACCCGGUGACCGACGAGGCGCCCGAGUACGCCGCACGACCGCCACCCUGCAAGAAGCGCGAGAUGAUCCCUUCCAUGGCCGUCUUCCAGGAGGUCGACAGGAUCGCCCUGCAGGUUCCUAACACUGCCAAAUCCACGCUACAAACCCUGGUCUAUCACCUGAUAUCCUACUGCAGAAACGACCUGCAAAAGAUUCGCAUGUUUUUUCGCUGGAUUGCGGAAAACAUCACGUAUGACUGGAGGCACAUGGAAACCAAGCAAACUCCCGAAGAAGUCUUCGUGUCAAGGCACGGUGUCUGCAAGGACUACUGCCUUUUGCUCAGCGAAAUGUGCAGGCUUGCAGGUAUCAGAGAAAAGACUCUGCAAGGCUUCGCCAAGGGUUUUGACUACCGUCCCGGUCACCAGUUCCAUCCGGGUCAAGACGUCACCCACGCCUGGAACGCGGUCUUCAUCCUAGGUGCAUGGAGGCUUAUCGACACAACUUGGGGCACAGGCUACACAGACCACACCGGGAAGUUUAUAAGGAAAAUCAACGAACACUUCUUCAUGACCGACCCUGAGGUGCUGAUAUGGACGCACUUUCCUUACGACGAGAUGGAAAAGAAUUACUCAAGGUGGCAGUUACUGGAGAAGCACCUGACACUCGACGAGUUCAACUCGCUCCCAAAGGUGACGCCGCACUUCUUCCACCUCAACAUGCGCUUGCGAACACGGCCGCAGAAUCCCAUCGUAUUCAAGGUGCGCACGGAGCUACGGAUCGCCUCGCACGAGCCGAUGCGCUACAAGUUCAAGCUCUACCCGUCCGACGAGAUGGAGAACGCGGCGCUCAACAACUACGUGUUCUGCCACCUGCUCGAGGACCGGUGCGUGGCCUGCUUCGGCGUCACGCCGCCCGCGGAAGGACGAUACAUCCUCAAGAUCUACGCCAACCGCGAACGCGACAUGCGUGGAACGGCCGCAACAGAUGGGGGUGCCGCUGCCGCCGCCGCCAGCCUCCAGAACAUCGGCGUCUUCCUCCUGGACUGCCUCCGUGCCAAGAAGUACCUGGUGCCGUACCCGCUCAACGAGGUCCCGUGGGGACCCACGCAAGCUUUCUACGACUACAACAUGCGGCUCGUCGAUCAGACGGGGCCCGUCAUUGUGUCGUGGGGCGCCAAGCGAAAGCUGACCAUCGACUUGUCCGAAACGAUGCUUGUGAGCCACCAGCUGCUCGAUGCGGAUAGUGUCGAGAUGGACCUCAAGGGCAUGAUCACGCGCGAGGACAAGGACCGUCGCGUGACGUUCCAAAUUGUGCCUCAGCGUGUGGGCAUGUUCAAGCUGGUCAUCUUCGCCAUGCCCAAGCCCAAGUUCAAGGGCAAGUGGCGGCUUCCCCUUGUGGCCACUUUCCUCAUUGACUGCAAGCUCACCAGGUUGCAACUGGACGAAGAGCUGCGGCUGGCGCACCACAGGCCACCGCUGCCGGAGGAAGACAAAGAAAAGGAAAAUGAGAAAGAGAAAGGCAAGAGGGUGCGGAUAUCGGCAGUGCGAUAGGAGUGGGACAGCUCGCGUGACGAUGUGAUUACUCGAAAAAUUGGUCUGUGGGCGCGAAUGCGCUGUUUAAGCAUACCGGGGCUACGAGUGCUCGGUUCAACUUCCCAGGAAAGACAAGCGAUGUGAUGGGGACUGCAUCUAAUUUCUUAGGUUGUUGCACAAGGCGCGGACAGUCUGACAACUGGGCCACCACACAAAAUCAACUGCUCCCUUCUUUCCAGGAAAAUGUUGCAUGAAGCCUGCUGCCCUCUUCUCGGUGCUGUGUUUUGGUCGCCUGCUCCUCCCGAACUAUGGGACGUAACUUCUGUCUUUCCAUUGCCACGACGACGUGCGUGGCGCCAUUUGCCACUGGCAUCCGAAUGGAACGACGGUUUGCAGGCAGUAUUAUAACGAGUGACUGUUUUGAUAUGCAAGAUGUCCGUAGCGCACGUGGCUCUUCCGUGAAGGGAGUGCUAACAUAUCAUAAGCAUUAUUCGUGACUAUUCUUCCAAGCCUCAGUGGCGGAUGUCUCUACUAGAGGAAAACUUUUGAUAGGCAGCUCUCCGGUAGAGAGCUAUAGGGUCCCUUUACCUGAGCGCAGGUGAUGUUUGCAUGUCAUUGCUUGUCAGAGUAUCCUUCGGGAGCUAAUGGGCUUUUCUCAAUCUUCCCUGGACUACCUCGUAUCGAAGGUUGGUUCUUCGGCCUUUUUCUUCUUAUGGCUCUUCGGUGCCAGCCAGAGGCUUGCGUCAGAUGGCUUAAUGUCCCUGUGCUGGGAGUCAAAGUGUCUAGUGUUCUCGUAGAUAAUAUAUCUUAGUCGUAAGUGAAAAGAGCGCAUGUAUAAUGCAAUCACGUGUCCCGUUACGGGAAGCUCUCAAAUAUUGGUAUGCUUUUUGGUCCUGCGGCAAAGGCAAGGUCACCAGCAAAAUUUGAAAGCGUUUGCUAGCGACAAACAAAUGAAGGGUUUCGCUGAUGACCACUUGCUCCUUUAAAUGCUGUGGACAUAUCCUAGAGCAAUAAAGCGUAAGGCUCUUACCUUUCAAAAUUUAUUUUCUUAUUAAAUAACACUAACUACGGAGAGAAGUAAAGAUACUGCAAUUUUUUCGUGUUUCUUAUUCCUCUUAAUAUAGUUCGAAUGACCUGCAAUAAGCUGAAUCUUAUUCAGCCGGAGCCUGUACGGCAUUCUGUCAGUGCAGAGCUGCAAAUUUAAAGCUUAAACUGCCGAAACAGAUCGUUCAACGCUCAUUCGGCCCUGGCCGUAGUGUAGUGACCGAACGAAUCCAGAAAGGCAACGUUUUCCGUAACGUAUGCUCUUUUCAAUGCGUACUGCGCAUUUGGCCGGUAAUGAUAUGAAUCCAAGUGCCUUCUGGUAACGUGGUCAUCUUCGUAGUUGAAUGCUAGAAUAUACAUGCUGCAAGAACCUUAAAGAAAAUUUGAACGAUAUCCAGUGCUAAGCACAUUGUCCGUAACAAGGA